AUGUCCAGCGCACCUACCCACGUCCUGUUCGAGUGCGCCACGGGAUGUGCCGUCUUUGAGGUGGUCCAGGUCGAGGAGAUCGGCAACCUCACCUCGGCCGUCCAGAAGAGCGUCGCAGAGUUCACCACCUUUGCAAAGAUGGUCAAGCUCGUCAGCUUCAGCCCCUUCAAGAACGCCCUCGAUGCUCUUCAGGCCUCGCUCGACAUCUCCGAGGGCGUCGUCAACGACUACCUCAAGUCGCUCCUCACGCUCAACCUGCCCACGGGCAAGAAGAUCAAGAGCGUCCUGCUCGGCGUGGCCGACCGCAACCUGGCCUCGUCGAUUGUCGGCGAGCUGGGCAUCCCCUGCGACACGGGCGAGACGUCGAUCGAGAUUAUCCGCGGCGUGCGCCAGCAUGCCGAGCGGCUGCUGCGCGGCAUGGCCGAGGGCGACCUCGCCAAGGCGCAGCUCGGCCUCGGCCACUCGUACUCGCGCUCCAAGGUCAAGUUCAACGUCAACCGCAGCGACAACAUGAUUAUCCAGGCCAUUGCGCUGCUCGACACGCUCGACAAGGACGUCAACACGUUUGCCAUGCGCGUCCGCGAGUGGUACGGCUGGCACUUCCCCGAGCUCGUCAAGCUGACGCCCGACAACAUGACGUACGCCAAGCUGGCGCGCUUCAUCAAGCACAAGGAGCGCCUCACCGAGGACCACGUCGAGGAGAUGACCGACAUCCUCGCCGGCGACGAGACCAUGGCCAAGAACGUCCUCGACGCCGCGCGCGCCUCGAUGGGCACCGAGAUUGGCGAGAUGGACAUGACCAACAUUGAAAACUUUGCCGAGCGCGUCGUCAACCUGGCCGAGUACCGCAAGAACAUGCACAAGUACCUCGUCGAGAAGAUGCACCUGGUGGCGCCCAACCUGUCGGCGCUGCUGGGCGAGGUGAUUGGCGCGCGGCUGAUUUCGCACGCCGGCUCGCUCACCAACCUGGCAAAGUACCCGGCGUCGACGGUGCAGAUCCUGGGCGCCGAAAAGGCCCUCUUCCGCGCGCUCAAGACCAAGGGCAACACGCCCAAGUACGGCCUCAUCUACCACGCCUCGGCCAUCGCGCGGGCGGCGCCCAAGAACAAGGGCCGCAUGUCGCGCUUCCUGGCCAACAAGAUCUCGAUUGCCAGCAGGAUCGACUGCUUCUCGGACACGCCCACGACCAAGUUUGGCGAGGUGCUCAACGUCCAGGUCGAGGAGCGCCUCGCCUUUUACGAGACGGGCAAGCCGCCGGGCAAGAACAGCGAUGCCAUGUCCAAGGCCAUCAAGGCCAUCGAGGAGGCUGCCGGAGACCUCAUGGACGUCGAUGCCGCCGACGACGACGAGGACGAGGACGACGACGAGGAGGAUGCCAAGAUGCCCGCCGCCGUCGGCGUGACGGAUCCGGCGGACAAGAAGAAGGAGAAGAAGGACAAGAAGGACAAGUCGUCCAAGAAGGACAAGAAGGAGAAGAAGGACAAGAAGAGCAAGAGCAAGGCCGACGACGCCGACAAGGACGACGACGUCAAGCGGGCAGCGGCCAAGGCGGCCAAGAAGGAGGCAAAGAAGGCGGCGAGAAAGGCAAAGGCGUAG